UUUUUCGAAGGUGUUAAACCGCAUUUUCUUGUACGUUUUCAUUUUCGCCAAAUUAGAUUAAUACAUUUAGGUGUUAUUCGUUAGUCGGAUUAGGCAUUGGCCAGUUAGUGCGACUGCCAGGGGACAUCAAAGCGAGUAACACACAAGAGAAAACUACAGCCAGGAUGGCGGACGUGAUCGUGGACUCGGAGAGCACCGACUCGAAGGAACUGCUCGCCCAGGGUAUCAGGGCGUUCUAUCUGCAGGACUACGAAGCGGCCGUCGUCGCCCUGAGCCGAGCUUCCGAACUGAUGGUCGCGGAACACAGCAACGAUCAGCACGAAGAACUCGCCGAAGUCUACACGUAUUACGGCAAAUCCCUGCUGGGGCUUUCGCGACAACAGAACGAAGCCCUCGGCGACGCGGUGCCCCGAAACGUCGAAGAAUCCGACGAGGACGAGGGUAAGGCCAGCUCGGCGGAGGACGAGGACGAGGAGGCCUCCAAAGAAGGGGAAGCUGCGAAGCAAGAAGAAAAGGAAGAGGAGAGCAGUAACGAACGAAAUGGUACCGGCGACGAAGCUAGUACCAGCAAGGGGGACUCGACCGACGACGGCAAGGGCGACGACGAGCCCACCGACCUGCAGGUCGCUUGGGAGGUGCUCGAACUCGCUCGCAAGAUCUACCAGCGGCAGGGCGAAAGCUCCAGCAAGAACCUCGCAGACACGUUGGUCGUGCUGGGCGAGGUGUCAUUGGAAAGCGAAAUCUACGACUCCGCCAUUAAUGACAUGAAACAAGGUUUGGAGAUCCAGAAGCAGCUGUUCGGCGACGACAGCAGAGUCGUCGCGGAGACUUAUUACAAAUUGGGCGUGGCUUACUCGACCAACACCCAGUUCGACGAGGCAAUCGAGAGUUUCCAGAAUUCGUUGCAGUACCUGCGCAACAGGAUCAGUAGCUUGCAGAAGGUAAAGCCGAAUACGGACGCCCAGAAGGAGGAGGUGGAGGAAAUCGAGGGCCUGAUCCCGGACAUCGAAGAGAAGGUGGCGGACAUGAAGAACUGCAAGGAUGAGGCGAUUAAAAAAAUCAGCGAGGCCGUGAGGGAGGUAACGAGAUCGGCGGCGCCCGCCGGGCAGGCGUCGGCGACGUCCCGUCCGGCGUCGGACAUCUCGCACCUCGUCAAACGGAAACGCAAGGCGGAAGACGAUCCCGAGGAUCAGACCGCGGCGAAACAGCCGUCGAUGUCGUGAAACGCCCAACCCCGCGCUGAUCGUUUUGACAGACGUCAAAAAUGACGUUUCGGGUUCUGUCAAAUUGUUUUUUGUUCGAUCCCUACCGCGCAAGCGGGGACGUGGGAGUUUAUUUAUUUUGUACCCUAUAUAGGAGUGUUUUUUGUGUCAAAUAAAAGGACUGAGGUUU